AUGUUCGACAAACUACGCGAGAAAGUCCAAGAACUUAAGCUUUCUGACGUGAAGACUUCCGUGUCAGUGCCCAACGCUGAUGCUAUCACGCAACGAGACGUGUACCGUAACCGAUUCAACUACGGAGUGAACUUUGGUUCACUCUUUGUCCUGGAGAAAUACAUUUACGACUCGUUGUUUUCUGCAGGGGGUGAAACGGAACAAGAAGCGAUUGAGAACUUGGUGAAAACCAGUUCGGUCGACGAAGCGGCUAAGAAACUGUCGGAACACUAUGCUAGCUACGUGGGUCCUGAUGAUUGGAAAUGGCUUAAACAAGUUGCCAACGUAACAGCCAUCCGGCUUCCUGUGGGUUACUGGCAUGUUGGCAACGGUAAGUUCAUCACCAAAGACAUGCAAUUUCACGGGCUCCAAGACGUUUACCAAAAGGCCAAGCCUUGGGACCAUGUAAGGCGUAUUGUUAUGGACGCUGCAAGACACAACAUUGGUGUUUUGAUAGAUUUGCAUGCGCUGCCCGGCGGAGCCAACAAAGACGCACACAGCGGGGAAUCGAAUCAGGGUACCAAUAGAUCGUUUUUCGACAAGCAGAGUCUGGUCAAGUGUGUAGCAGACGAAUUACUUCCUUUCAUCGUGAAUGACCUGGCCAAGGAUUACGACAACGUCAUAGGAGUGCAAGUCGUGAACGAGGCUGCGUUCGACGAAAAGGCCACCAACGAAAAGAACUUCUACGCGAGGGCCAUCCAGAAUAUGAGUAAAAUCGAUCCCGCACUUCCAAUAGUGAUUUCUGAUGGGUGGUGGCCCGAGCAAUGGGCGGACUGGCUGAACGACAUCAAACAUGCAGACGACGUUGUCAUCGACUCACACGUUUACAGAUGCUUUUCGGAUCAGGAUAAAUGCAAGACUGCCAAUGAACUAACUGAUGAGCUGGACAAGACCGUAGACUUGCCUGCGGACAAGGCUGACUACAUGGUAGGCGAGUUUUCAUGUGUUCUGGAUGGUUCUACAUGGAGCAAGACCAAGUCCAGCAAAGACGAGUGUGUCAAGCACUACGGCAACAAGCAGGCUCAAGUUUUCCGGUCCAAAGCUCGCUGGGGUUGGUUCUUCUGGACUUACAAGUUCGAGCAUGGUGACGGUGGAGAAUGGGGGUUCGUACCCAUGAUCAACAAAGGGUGUCUACCCAAACGUGCCAACACGGACCCAGCCAUUGACGAGGGUAAACUCGCCAAGAUAAUCAAAGAACACACAGAUUACUGGAAUUCUAAAGGCGGUGACAACAGCGAACAUUGGAGAUUUGAAGACGGAUUGAGGACCGGAGCAGCAGAUAUCUUGGCAUUUAAUGGAUUCGACCAUUCCAGAAUUGGACGGGUUCACUAUUUCAAGAAUUCCAGAAGAGCUCAAUACAUACAAUUGAAAGGUGACAGCAAAAGUAUGUGGGAAUGGGACCAAGGCUACGACCGCGCCAUCACCGAAUUCAACUGGUGA